AACUUGUUUGGAAGAUGGGUUGAUUCCUGGCGAUGGGACCCACAAAAAUCAACAAGAGAAAGCAGUAAAUUGCUGUGACGACUCUUGUUUAACAACUCCCUGCUGGAAGGGUUUUACGCAUCUUCCCGCAACCACCGCUAAUAACCAGACGGCAUAACCUCGAACGAAACUAAGUCUAGUUAAUUUUCUGGUAAUUCUCCGUCGAGGUCUCCGAUCGGGUUUCUUCAUGGUAAUUGCUACUAAAAUGCCAUCACCUGGCUAUUUGACAAGUUUCGAACGCCUAAUACCUAGAAGUUCCAGAUCAAGGAGGAUGGCAUGGUCUAUUAGAAGUGCAGCCGAUGGUGGUAGACUAAAUUCUUCACCAAAUGACACUGGUGGAACUAGGCUUAUUAGGGCCAUCCAAGCUCUUCAAGUAAAGUUGAAUGCUAGAAUCAAGGAAUUGAGGAAAAAUCUUCCUGUCAAGUUAAUGUUUUUCUUGGUUGGCUUUUAUUGUGCUACCGCUUUUGCAACUGUAAUAGGGCAAACAGGGGACUGGGACAUUCUAUCUGCUGCUUUAACUGUAGCUGUAGUGGAGGGUAUAGGGGCUCUCAUGUAUAAGUCUUCACUUCCCUUGGUGGAUAACAUAAGAAACUUGAUCACCAUGAGCAAUUAUUGGAAGGCUGGCCUAACUCUCGGUCUUUUCUUGGAUUCAUUCAAGUACUAGACAGGACAUAGUAAGGGUGUACAUAUUAGGCCCUUGUUUGGCCUCCAUUAAAUUACAUUCCAUUUUUUCUCUCUUAUUUUCAACCACACAAUCUUCCAUAAAAUAAUAUUACACAUAAACCAAAAAUUUUCCUUCUUUUUCAACCACUCAUUUUUCAAAAAAGUACUAUUUCACCCAUUUUCAUUUCCAAAAAAUGGGGGCCAAACGGGGGCUAAAUUUUGCAAAGAUGCAUUCUCAAUGCUCUUGGCGUCUCACUUUUGCAAUUGCUUGCGCCAAUGCCUUACCAUGCUUGCAGAAUGCAUUGGAAGUAUAAGGACUAUUUUGCUCCAGUUGCGAUAGACAUGGUACAUGCUGAAAAUGCUUCAGAGACAAUGCAAGGAUCAAUGUUGCUACUGUUGAAGAAAAAUCUUAUUUAUGAUUUAUAUGGUGCCAAAAGUAGUGGAGCAACGGUUUGUUUUUAUCCUUGACAGCUUAUCCUUUUUCUCAUUAGAUUUAUCUUCACUUCUCCAAAGAUUUGUACCGGUUGCAUAGCUAGCCAGCUAUUGGUGUCAAGUUUAUGGCCGAUAUUUCUCUUGUGAGAUAUGGGCACACUCGUGGUGAGUUCACUUUGAGAUCGGCUUGUAUAUCUCUUUCCAAUACAAUACUUGAUCAGCAGUUUUAGCUAUGAUAAACAGCCAUGACUCUGUAAUUGUAGGUUGGGAACAUACAGAUGUCAAGUUCUUUCAUUGUUAGGUAACAUUGAAAUUUUCUGCUGCCUGCUUGGGUUGCUAGGUGAAAAUCAAAAUACCCGAGUAGAGAGUCUUCAAUUGGAAGAUGAAAUGGUUAUUAAAUUGGUCCUAGUUACUCUUCGAGACGGAGUUGGAAGAAGUGCUGGGCUAGUGAAUCAAGAAGUCUUCACCAUUAUUAUCGAAGUGAACUUUCAGUAAUAUGAGAGUUCAUCCAAGGAGAAGAGUUCAACCAAGGUGCAUGGGCCCUGGUAAACGAGAUUAAUCCAACUUAUAUGUCAAGUAUGCUGCCAACAAAAACCAGUGCGCAACCUCUUACAACGUUGAUUCGUUCCUUCAUAUACCUCUCCAUCGAUAAAUAGAGACAAAUGGGAAUAAUUGAACCAUGUCUACAAAAGCUAGUGCCAUGCAGUUGUUUCAGUGGAGAAUGCAUAGCAUUCCCUGGGCUUAUAGGAUCAAUGGUAAUGCAGUGCUCUCUUGGCAUAGGCGAUAAGAGAUUUUAAGGUUUGUUGUAGUUUAUGAGCAUAACGAAUCGAAGUUGAAGACGGAGAAAGGCUUUUAUAAGUAGGUGAAGGGCUGAAGGAUGAAAAGUGCAAAGUCUAUCGUGCACCUGUCGUGUGACACGUUGGUCUUAAGCAAUGUCUUGAUUGAAGCGAUCCACCUAGAAAGAGCUCAAGGACAUGUUUGCCAUCUUCACUUAUUGCGUGAAUUUAGUAAUUAUUUAAGUUUUCAAAUGAUCGCUUGUGAUUAUAUUGACGUAAUAACUUUGAUUAAACGUUAUGAAUUUGUCAA